AUGAUUUCUCUAUCGACUGGAGGAACUCAAACCUCAGGCGGCCUCGGUUCAAAUUACACUGGAUAUUACGGUGGAUUUGGGUACGGAGGAGAUUGCCGUAACCCGUACCACGGUAGUGGUGGUGGCUCUGGCUACUACGGUGGUGGAAGCGGUGGUAUGGCAUCUAGCCAAGUUACAAGUGGUUCGGGAGGUUCUUCGUACGUUUCAGGUUACAAAGGAUGCAGAGCCAUCGCACGAAGAUCCACCGAAAAUAAUAUUGAUCAUGAAGAUAGCUCUAUCCAUUAUUCGGGAAUAACCUUUUACCACCCAGAGAUCUUAGAUGGAAAGGCAGAAAUUCCAUGUCCAGACCCAGCUAGUUCAAAUUCAUGCACAGAAAGAGGUCAUUAUGGUAAUGGAUAUGCUCGCAUUACUGUACUUGAGCAGCAUGAUCCUAUAACUAUAAUGCAGUGUAGUCCAAUGCUAUAUUAUGCAUCAAUAGCUAUGUUCAAUUUGAUUAUUAUCUCAUAA